GUAUCAAUGGCUGACAGAAUUGUGCAGGAUAUGGUUGCAAUCUGACUCGGCACUUUAUGUGACUUUAUGUCAAAACUGUUAAUACUAAAAUAAUUGAAAUAAUAGCUUUGAAAUAUUUACAAUAAAUAUACUUGAAGUUUAAUUAAAAAUGCCACAAUAUACAAUUAAGGUAAAAUGGGGCAAAGAAAUGUUUCCAAAUGUCGAGGUAAAUACCGAUGAAGAGCCAAUGUUAUUCAAAGCUCAACUCUAUGCUUUAACUGGUGUUCAACCAGAGAGACAAAAAGUCAUGGUCAAAGGAAUGACACUGAGGGAUGAUGAUUGGGGUGCAUUAAAACUCAAAGAUGGAGCAACUGUUUUAAUGAUGGGUUCAAAAGAAGAAGAUGUACCAGUUGAACCAACAGUUAAACCAAUAUUUAUGGAGGACAUGAAUGAAAGUGAAUUGGCAACAGCACUUGAGCUACCAUCUGGUUUAACAAAUCUUGGAAAUACAUGUUAUUUAAAUGCAACAGUACAAUGUUUAAAAACAGUACCACAGCUACGUGAUGCAUUAAAAAAUUUUCCUGGUGGUUUAGCAGCAACUGGUGGUAGUGGUGUUGGUGCAUUAGUACCAUCACAAAGUAUAACUGCUGCAUUGAGAGAUCUUUAUGAUGGUAUGGAUAAAGGUUCAUCAUUAAGACCAAUUGUACUUGUACAAAUGAUGCAUUUAGCAUUUCCAAGAUUUGCUGAAAAAUCAGAACAUGGAGGUUUUCAACAACAAGAUGCCAAUGAAUGUUGGACUGAACUUGUUAGAAUGUUACAACAAAAAUUACCACCACAAGAAACAACAAAUAGUAUUGAAGGUUCUUAUAAACCAGCUUCAUUAAUUGAACAAUAUUUUGGUGGUUCAUUUGAGACAGAAUUAAAAUGUGUUGAAUGUGAAGAUGAAACACCAACAAAAGGAAAAGAAGAUUUUCUUCAAUUAAGUUGUUUUAUUUCAACUGAUGUUAAAUAUAUGCACUCGGGAUUAAGAAAUAAACUUCAAGAACAAAUUACUAAAUUAUCACCAACAUUGGGACGUGAUGCUGUCUACACUAAAACAUCAAAAAUUAACAGGCUACCAGCAUAUCUUACAAUUCAAUUUGUAAGAUUUUUCUACAAAGAAAAAGGUGCAAUUAAUGCUAAAAUAUUAAAAGACGUUAAAUUUCCAUUGGAUUUUGAUGCAUAUGAACUUUGUACACCAGAAUUACAAAAUAAAUUGACACCAAUGCGUGAUAGAUUCAAGGCUAUUGAGGAUAAAAAAGUUGAAGAUGCAUUAAAUAUUAAAGAUAAAAAACCAAAAGGUGAAGAGACUGAAAUUGCAGUUAAAAAAGAACCAUUUUGGUUUGAAAAUGAUUUGGGAUCAAACAACAGUGGAUUGUAUACACUUCAAGCUGUUUUAACACACAGAGGUAGAUCAAGUUCAAGUGGUCAUUAUGUUGCUUGGGUACGUCAAACUGGUGAUUCUUGGCUCAAGUGUGAUGAUGAGACAGUCACAGUUGUUACAACUGAAGAAAUAUUAAAAUUAAGUGGUGGUGGUGAUUGGCACUGUGCAUAUGUGCUUCUUUAUGGACCCAAAAUUCUUGAAUUGCCAAUUGAAGAAACGAAAUGAAUUUAAUAAUAAAUAUGCUAUUCAACUGUCUGCUGUAUUAACAACAAUUAUACCGUUAAAAUAUUUUAUAUUCAACUCAAAUGAAUGCAGGUGAAUGCAAUUUAAUCAUCAACUUCAUGUCACUGAUUUGAUUCAGCAGAAAAAAAAAAACUAAUCAUUUUUUAAAUAAUUAAAUCAGUGAUGAUUGUUUAUUAUUAUUAUUUUUUUUUAUUUAACUAUUUGCAAUUGAUUGAAUGUUUUUUUUUAACAUCAAUGUUUUUCGUAAUAUUAAAACAAAAAAAAAAUGAUAAAAAAGAAAAUAAU